AUGUCUUUCGCUAGGCCCGCGUUUCUGAGCGGUACACUGACGCCAUUCUUGUAUCCGGCGUUUGAAUGCUCGCUUCCCUCGGUGACGCGCACCUGCCGCCUGCGCAAAAGAUUCACGCUCCCGGUGCGAUGCAGUUCAACAGCCACAGAUGCCGUCAACAUACGACCCGACACGCAAGCAUCGCGGCUCGACCCUGCAGCAGAUGACUACUCACUGACUCCGUUUGCGGAUCGGUGCAUUGUCACAGUAGAGGCUGGUGGUGGUGGCCACGGCUGCGUCUCGUUCCUGCGUGAGAAAUAUAUCGAAGAGGGACCAGCAAAUGGAGGUGACGGUGGCAGUGGGGGGAAUGUCUACAUUCAGGCAGUCCGCGGCGAGACUUCGUUGCACAAGCUGGCUCGACGACGGCUGAUCAAAGCCGGCAGAGGCAAGAACGGGCAGGGCAAGGUCAAGGGCGGUGAGCGCGGCAGCGACAUCCUCAUCACAGUGCCCGUUGGUACCGUUGUGCGGGAAAUUCAGCGGCACGACCCAAUUUCCAUCAUGGAGGAAGAGCAUUGGAAGAUGGAGUCGUACGAAGGGGAAGCAGACGAGUCUGGAGAGGACAAGGGAAGCUACAGGAAGGAUCGAUGGCUCGUCUAUCCAGGAACGGUGCCCGCAGAGCUGAACCGGAUGAAGUUUCCCAAGCUCCCACCGCCGCGACGAUCACAUCUUGCUGCCCUCGAGCCCGACUCUCCCAUCUGGCUAGACUUGGAUAAGCACAUGGAGACACCAAUGCUGAUUGCAGCAGGUGCCAUGGGAGGAUUGGGCAAUCCUCACUUCAUGACGCCCUUCAACAACAGACCCAAGAUGGCCACGCGAGGUGAUGAAGGAUUGAAGAUUUCGCUGCAGUUGGAAUUGAAAAUACUGGCAGAUUUGGGACUUGUGGGCUUGCCCAACGCAGGAAAGAGCACGUUGCUGCGAGCGCUAAGCAACAGCCGCGCACGAGUAGGCAACUGGGCCUUUACAACCUUGCAGCCAAAUGUUGGUACAGUUGUGCUCGACAACCACAAGGGACGACCACUGGUCACGUCACGCAACAAGCAUGGCGAGCUACGUGACAACUUCACAGUAGCCGAUGUCCCAGGCCUUAUCGAAGAUGCCCAUCUUGACAAAGGCCUCGGCCUCGGCUUCCUACGCCACAUUGAACGCGCCGCCGUCCUGGCCUUUGUCAUUGACCUAAACGCCGGCGACGCCGUCGACGCCCUCAAGCUCCUCUGGCGCGAAGUCUCCGAAUAUGAAACCCUUCGCGGCAAAGAACUCAACGCCGAAACACAGCGCAGAAUGGUGACCUACCGUCCCGCCGGUAGUCCCGCUCCCAUCACACAAACGUCUGAUCUAGUAGCCACAUCCCCCCACCUCGACCCAUCCCCCGAACCCCUGCCCUUCCUCACUUCAACACCCAUAUCCUCGAAACCGUGGUUUGUCGUGGCGACAAAGGCAGACUUGCCAGAUACACAGCCCAACUUCGACGACCUCUGCGUCUACCUGGAUGCAGUGAGUCAAGGCGGACAGCCGCAUCCGAGCGGGAAGAAGAAUGCUUGGAGGCAUAAGUUGCAGGCUGUUCCUAUUAGUGCGAUUAAUGGCGAGGGAACGCAGAUUAUACCGCAGCUGGUUAUGGAUUUGUUGGAGGGUUGA